AUGCGGGAGUGGCACACGAGUGAUCGCGUCAACCGUGUACCGACCGCCCUCUACGCAAUCGCCCCACGAGACGACCCGGGGAAACGAGUCGGUUUGGAGGCCUCGCGAGUCGCGACUCGCGAGUGCUCGUCUGCGGUCCGCCUCUCUCUCCCGUUCCCGGGCUCCCGGCCGUCGUCCCCUCCUCGCAGCACCGCCCACCCAUCCAAACUCCAAUUCGUCCUCCUCGAGGUCGCCGCGCCCAACGCAGCAGCACAGCGUGGGGAAGCGGGCGGCAAGGGGAAGGAAUUCGAUCGGGGAAGCAUGAGCCUGGUCUCCGGCGCCUUUCACCGUCGAGCUCGAAUCGGAAGAUAAGAAGAAUCUGCGGGGGGAGCCCCAUAGAAGAUGGCCCCGCCGCAGGAGGAUAAAUCAGACCGCCCCGGCGGCGGCGGCGCGCCGAGGGAGAAGGAACGGCGGCCUUCCAAGGCAUGGGGAAUCCUCGUUUUCGGCGUCAUCGGCGUCACCACCGCCACUUUCGCGCUAAAUAAAAUGCAGACGACAUCAUCUUGGAGAUAUACAAGUAAUAGCUCAAGUCGUGGGAGUUUCAGUGAGGAAGCUAAGAAAAGAUAUUAUCAGCGUAUGCAGCAGGAAUAUGAGGAGGAACAAGAGAGAGUUCAAAGAAUAAGGCACAUGCAAAGUGUUUUCAACAGAGAGAGGAAUAAAAUUAGGAGAGAUUAUGAAAGUUGGAGGGAGAAUGGCCCACCUGGUGGCUACAAUUAUAUUCCUCGGGAUGAUUGGUAUUGGCAGACUGAUACUCACUCGGAACAUAAAACUAGACGGACUUAUACGCCGGCAGGACCUAGGGUUUAUCCUAUGUCACAUCAUUAUGCAGUUCUUGGCCUUGACAGAUCACGAGCAAUACCAUAUACUGAUGCAGAAGUAAAGACUGCUUUUAGAACAAAAGCAAUGGAGGUUCAUCCUGAUCAAAAUCAAGAUGACAGAGAGGCUGCAGAAGAGAAGUUCAAGGAGGUUGUCAAGUCUUAUGAAGCAAUUAAACUGGAGAGGAAAAACGGAUAAAUUGAUGCAAACGUCCAAUAUGAUCGAAGCAUCUGGGGUCCGGGGAUGAGUGGAAUCAGUUGUAACUUGGCCUGUAUAUGCGAGCUUAUAUGAAAUGGGGUCUACUGUUGUUGUUGUUGUUGUGGGCCUGCAGCGCAAGUUCCAGUUGAUUGUGAUCUUGUGCGGUAUAGACUAGGUAUUGGUGGUAAAUGUCCUCAAAUUUUAGACUAAAUAAUCUAAGAGCCGGGCUCUGAUUUCAUACAAUUUUGAGCUAAAAUUAUGAGGGUCAAGUUGGAUUGUGGGUCAUGAUCUCUUACUAAGACUAGGAUUGUGAUUCAAUGAAAUCUUGUUUUUGUGCUCA